AUGUCGUGUGGCUGUAAAGGUAUUCGAUCUUGUUUAAAAUGUGAAGGAUUGAAAACAGAAUCAAUCCCACAAAAGUCACCAGAAAUAGUAUUUAUUUAUUGUAAUGAUUGUCGUCAGGCUGUACGUAUCGAUUUCUACGAAAACAAUUCUAAAUGCCCCCACAAAGUAGAAAAUGAACAUACAAAUGAUCCGUCAAAUGUUUUUCCCAUUGAUGGUAUAUAUUUGAUCGCUGAUUUUAUCGAUGAGAAAGAAGAAACUGAGCUUGUGAAUGAAAUCGAUCAAGACUUAUGGAUUCCAUCACAAUCGGGACGUUUAAAACAAGAUUUCGGGGUGAAAGUUAAUUUCAAAAAACAAAUAGUUAAAUACAACAUGUUUACUGGAAUGCCGUCGUAUGCCCAGAUGCUUAUAGAACGCAUAAAAAAGAAUCGAUUUUUUCAAGAUUUUCAAGCUGUUGAAUUAUGUAACCUUGAUUAUGUAAAUGAACGCGGUUCGAGUAUUGACCCACACAUAGAUAACACAUGGAUUUGGGGUGAACGCUUAGUCACAUUAAAUCUUUUAUCUGAUACAAUCAUUUGUUUAACAAAUAAUGAAAUAAAAAAUUCUAUUGUCUAUAUUCCUUUGCCAAGAAGGUGGUUAUUUACAUUAUAUUCAGAUGCCCGGUAUGAUUAUAUGCACUCGAUUCAAAGACAACAUAUACAAAGUCGUCGUGUAGCUAUUACACUACGCGAAUUUGUAAACAAUAAUGAGAAACUUUAUAUAGAAAAUACGAAUUUAUGUGAAAAAAUAAUUGAAAUAUCGAAACGUUUUACGGGAUUAUCAGUUGGUAGAUUAGAAGAACAAAUAAAACAAUAUCAACACCAAACAAACGAUAUUGAACGAAUGGACGAUGUUGACGUACAAACAUCACCUAUAACUCGAUUAAACGAUAUAUUGAAAAGUGAAUAUGGUGUGGAAAUAUUCACUACGAAAUUAUUAGACAGUUAUUAUUUGAAUGAAACAAUCUUAAUAACAUCUUCAGAUAAUAUCAAAUACAUAGCCAAAUUAAUGCAUAAAACAAAAUUAUCUUAUGAUAAUUUAAAAUAUAUAUUGUUAUUUCAAAAUUAUCUUUAUGAAUCGUGCAAUUAUCCAUGCUCAAAAGUUUUAUUGUCAACAAGUAAAAAUUCUUUAAUAACUCUUAUUGAUACAAAUUAUUAUUUAUUUCUACAAACGUACAUCGAUGGUAAUGAACCAAGUAUUGAUGUUGACGAAAAUUAUUAUAAACAAAUGGGUUCGUUAUUAGCACAAUGGCGUUUGAAUUAUUGUACAUUUUUCUCAUGUACAAAUGUUAUUCAUGAUCACAUUGAAGAAGAAUUUACAGAUGAUUGGUGGCAUAGUCAAUAUAUUUGUCUAUUUAACACAAAAUAUUUUCAAAUAAAUGAAUAUCGUCGAAAUUUUUUAUUAUCAAAUUUAUAUAAUUGUCAACAAAAAUUGAAACAAUCACAUAUAAUUACUGAUAAACUUCAACGUGGAUUAAUUCAUAAUGAUUUUCAUACAAAUAAUACAUUAUACAAUAAUAAUGAGAAUAAGAUGUUUGUUAUGGAUUUUCUUGAUGCUAAAAAGUCUUAUUUCUUGGCUGAUAUUGCUAAUGCACUAUUUCAUUUAUUUGUACACACAAAAAAUGAACAACAUUUGAAACUAUUUAUUAAUGGUUAUUGUGAAUUAUUCAAAUUGGAACAAGAUGAAUUAGAUUUAAUUGAUUUAUUUAUAAGAUUAAAAUUGACUGUGUCUUUGAUAUGUGAUGUAUCAAAUGAAAAUAUAGAUCAGAAUGAUAAUCUCGAACAUUCUAAUACAUUUAUUGAUGACUGUUUUUGUUUUCUAGAAAAAUUAUCGACAAAUUUAUAUUUUGUUAAGCAAUUAUUUCAUUAG